ACUCGCUGCAACAUUGAAUCUUGACCCAACAAGGCUACCGCUGGCGAGGCUACGGGACUCUAGAGCAGCAAGUUUGAAACUUCGCCAUCUCUUGCUUGCAAUUAAUAAUUCAAUAUCAACAAAAGAAAAAAAAAAAUCGCCGCCGCGCAAUCUCUUUCCUUCGAACAAUGAUGCACGCCACGACUCGCUGGCAGCAACUGCUCUAUCUGUAUGGUGGAGACCAACCGUGGGACUCUUCAUUAUGGGUCACUUCAGAUGAUCGCGUCCGCGGAGGCGCCAGCCAGUCCCACCUCUCCGUGAUAAACCCCGAAAAGGCCCGGUUCUACGGCCAUCUCGAUACCCAGACGCUUGGAGGUGCCGGCUUCGCAUCGCAGCAUAGCUUGGGGGUGUUGGACUGGGACCUGUCGGGCUACGAGGGCAUCAUCGUUUCGGUGGCCGAAGCCGAUGGCAAACGAUACGCGCUGACGCUCAAGGACGAGAUACCCCCGAAGAGGGGCGACGGGCGUGAGGAGGCUGGUAUCAGCUGGGAGGCCGAGUUCACGGUCUCGGAGGCGGGAUCGGAGAUUGACUUGAAGACGGUGUUUUUGCCGUGGACUGCGUUUGAGCCGACGUAUCGAGGCAGGCCGAAGCCGGAUGCGAAGCCGUUGGAUCUGUCUAAGAUCAAGCGAGUUGGUUUGAUGAUGCGAAGUUUCUUUGGAGACCAGGAGGGGGACUUCUCCAUCGAAAUCCAUGCUAUUGCCGCUAGGAGAGAGAUUGAAGAGGAUGAAGAGGAAGAGGACGACGAUCCUAAGGCUGCUAUUGAAGCUGCGGAGUUGAACAAGGUGCAAACCUGCCGGCGUAGUUGGUUUCGAAGGCUGCUAUGUGGGUUAAUUUGAAGGAGCUGCAUCAAUUGGAUUAAUGAUGGGCAAUUGAAAUAACGAUGAAGCAUAUGAUUUGACCUAUAGCCGACUUAUACGGCUUACGACAACUUAUUCACAAAACAGACGGACAACUGCUCUACACAAACCAACUACUUAAUCAACAUCUGCUUUGGUCAUUCGACGUCCUAUAUUGUGCUUGGAAUGUGAAACUGUCUUGAUAACGAAAAUGUCUGUCUACACAGUGACCAGUUGCAUGCGAAUGGCUUCCCGCAGCUGGAUCGCAACAGGUUGCGGCAACGAUGUCGUCACUACUUGAAGCUCGAUUUAGCUCUUCCAACGCCAUGCUGCAUUGUUAUCGGACAAAUUGCACCCCCUGCUCACGGCAAUGACAGGUAGGUAAAACUACUAAACAUUUUAUUUUAAAACCUCGCUUUGAAUUGAUUAUACCUAGGUAUCGGUUAUCUGC